UAUUGUGCAGGCUGCCCCGAGCGAGGCUCCGCGAGCCGGGAGCAUCCCGCCCCGCCGCCCCGGGUGGCCGCGCACCCGCGUUUGCAUGCAACUUUUCACCUCCUGUGCAGGAACUGGGUCCGGCGACCCGGGGGAAAGCGCCGUCCCCCGCCCGCCGCCUCCUCCUCCGCCUCCCCCUCCUCCUCCUCCUCCUCCCCGCAGCUCGCAGCCCGGGCCGGCCGCCGCUCCCCGACCAGGCAUGGACGUCCUCCCCAUGUGCGGCAUCUUCCAGGAGCUCCAGAUCGUGCACGACACCGGCUACUUCUCCGCCCUGCCCUCCUUGGAGGAGUACUGGCAACAGACGUGCUUAGAGCUGGAACGGUACCUUCAGAGCGAACCCUGUUACGUGUCAGCGUCAGAAAUCAAAUUUGACAGCCAGGAAGAUCUGUGGACCAAAAUCAUUCUGGCUCGGGAGAAGAAGGAGGAAUCCGAACUGAAGACUGCUUGCAGUCCAAAAGAGGACCUUCCCAUCAGCCACAGUUUCAGCCAGAGCUUAGAAACCAACAGUUUGAAUUCUGAUGUCAGCAGUGAGUCAUCAGACAGCUCUGAGGAACUUUCACCCACUACUAAAUUUACCUCCGACCCAAUCGGCGAAGUUUUAGCCAAUUCAGGAAAUUUGAGUUCAUCUGUCACUUCCACCCCUCCUUCUUCUCCGGAGCUGGGCAAAGAACCUUCCUCUCAACUGUGGAAUUGUACCCCCGGUGAAUUACACUCGCCGGGUAAAAUCCGUUCUGGUACUGUGGGCAAGAGCGGGGAAAAGGGCAGCGGGGACGCCUCUCCGGAUGGCAGGAGGCGGAUUCACCGGUGUAACUUCAACGGCUGCAGGAAAGUGUACACUAAGAGCUCCCAUCUGAAAGCACAUCAGCGCACUCAUACAGGAGAAAAGCCUUACAGAUGCUCGUGGGAAGGGUGUGAGUGGCGUUUCGCAAGAAGUGAUGAGUUAACCAGACACUUCAGAAAGCACACUGGUGCCAAGCCUUUUAAAUGUACUCACUGUGACAGGUGUUUUUCCAGGUCUGAUCACCUGGCCCUUCACAUGAAGAGGCACCUUUGAAGGGGUUCAGGAAGCGAAUCCUGUGGGCGAAGCAGCUUCAAGGUUGAACCGGCCUUGGAAGAAGGGAUGCGUGUUCCAGCCAAAGCAUGCCAUUUUGCACCCUACCCAGUUGCCUCCAGGGCCUUUUCUAGGAAGGUCUAUCGAGGGCUAAUAAAGUCAUGUAAGAAGCGGCAGAGCACCCAUGGCGCGUGACGUUCGGGGCUUUCCCGAACUCGCUCACUGGUACCUAACCUUCCGAGUGGCCCCAAAGCCUUUGCCGUGAGCAUGUGCACUGAGAAUGUUAAUGACUGGGCGACUGUAUGUUGAGGAUCUAUUAAUGACUGUAUGCUGAGGCACACUUUUUUUUUGUCCUUGAAGAGGGGAGGAAAAAAAGUAGUCUGAAUGUUACGUGUGUAAGAAAAAUACCAUGAGAUGGGACGACCACCAAUCAUUCUCCGGGGCGGGA